AGUUUGUAUUCUUCUGUGCCGUUUCCCUUCCAGUCCUCCAUCCCAACCCCUCCCAGCUGGUCCAGAGCAUGAACGACGGAGUUCGUCUGCCGUUCAACAGACACAGUCGACCUCCCAACAUUCCUUCUCCUCCUCCGCUCAUUCCAACCAACAAGCCCACAGACAAGCCCUCCUUCAUCCAGGGCGGCUCCAUCUCCCAGGGAACUCCUGGCACUUAUUUGCCCUCUCAUGCCAUCUACGGGCCGGAGGGGACGAAGAGCUCCGGGGGCUCCAUCUCUCUGGGGCUGCCACGGCAGAUGGACCCCAACAAGCCCGGAGCUGUGGUUUCCUCCAUCCAGGACGGCAGAGGCAACCCGGCAAAGGUUGGUGAAGGCCUGGCUUUCAGAGGAUCCAUCACUCAGGGCACUCCAGCUCUGUCCCAGCCUAGCAUAGCUGCUGACCUCCUGAAGGGCACAAUCACAAAGCUGGCCACGGAGGACCUGGGCAGCCCAGAUAAAGCCAGGGGGGAGCAGCUGGCUAAAGUCAUUUAUGAAGGCAAAAGUGGCCACAUCCUCUCCUAUGAUGGUAUAAAGAAUCCCAGGGAAAACACCAGAAGCCCCAGAACAGGUCAUGACCUGAAACGCACCCACGACAUGAUGGAGGGUCCCAUGGGAAGAGCGCACCAUGGCAGGGAGGGCGCUCCGUUGGAGGGAACUUUUCGUCUGAUCAGCCGGGCUUUACCUAGAGAAGGGCAUCAUGGCGACUCCAAGGAAAGAGCGCUGAUCCCUGGAUCCAUUAUGCAAGGGACACCGAGAACUACCGCUGACGCGUAUGAGGACACGGUGAAAUACGGGAAGCUGAUAAAAACAGAAAGCCCGCCUAUCCGAACAUUCGAAGAGGCCAUCGGCAAAGGCAAGCCCUACGAAGGAGUGAACACCAUCAAAGAGAGGGGGCGCUCCAUUCACGAAAUCCCCAGACAGGACCAACCUGGACAGGACAUGUGCAAGACUCCUGACCUGCCUGACAGGAGGGUGAUAGAGGGCUCCAUGCCUCAGAGUUACUCCCUGGGCCAGCCGACCAUCAAACACAACGUCAAGUCCCUCAUCACCAGCCCCAGCAAGCUUCCCCACAGCAUGCCGCAGCUGGAGGCCAUGGAGCGACCCAAGUACGAGGAGGGCAAGGCGGUGCGGCACUCUGUGGUCAACAGCACGGCCUCCGUCCUGCGCUCCACGCACCAGGAGGCCGGGAAGUCCCAGCACAGCCCCAGCAUGUACGAAGACGCCAGCGCUCGCAGGACGCCCGUCAACUACAGCACCAAUCCCGUCUCCAGAGGAUCCCCCAUGCUGGGACGGGGGUCAGAGGGGGGCAUGAGUUCUGCCAAAUCCGCUGCACAUGACAGGAAGAGUGCCAUGACCCCGACGCAGAGGGACAGCAUCCCAUCCAAGUCGCCUGUGUCGGUGGGCGACCCCGUGGCCUCCCACAGCCCGUUCGACCCCCACCACCGGCCUUUGGUUCCCGGAGAGGUGUAUCAGACCCACCUGCCCCCACACCUGGACCCCACCCUGGCCUUCCGCCACAGAGGCCUCGAUCCUGCGUUCAUGUUUCCCCGGCAACCCUCACCAACCGGCUACCACAACACCUACCAGCUGUACACCAUGGAGAACACUCGGCAGACCAUCCUCAACGAUUACAUCACGUCGCAGCAGAUGCAUGGCAUCCCUCGGCCCGACAUGGCCAGAGGGCUGUCGCCGCGGGAACAACCCGUCGCCAUCCCGUACCCACCGCCUCCUCGAGGGAUUAUUGAUCUAACCCAGAUGCCUCCAACUAUCCUGUUGCCUCACCCUGGGGGAACAGGUACUCCCACUUUGGAACGCGCCUACCUCUCUGGAGCUCAGCCCCCUUUCCCUCCUAGGCAUUUCAACCCAGCCUCCAUAUCGCCAGGCCAUCCAGUCCACCUUGCUGCUAGUGCAGAGAGGGAGCGGGAGCAGGAGAAGGAACGGGAACAAAAGGAAAGGGAGAUCAGAGAGCGGGAGCGCACUAAUGAGUACAUGCGUGGAGGCGCCCCGGAGCAGCCGGGCCGGCCAGGGAGCCGAGGUUAUCUGCAUUCCCCUUCUCCGUCGCUCCGGACCCAGGAUGUGGUCGUUCAGCAGCGGCCGAGCAUCUUCCAGGGAAAAAGUGUCAUCACCUCACUAAUCCCCCCCCCGCCUGUGGCUACAUCAGCGUCCCAGAGCAGCUCACGCUACAGCACGGCGGCCGACGCCCUGGCUGCGCUGGUGGACGCCGCGGCCCUCGCUCCGCAGAUGGACGUCACCAAGGUCAAGGAGAGCAAACAUGAGCGGGACGAUGAAAUGUCUUCGUCGGCCGUGUCGCGGCGGGGGUCGAUCCUCUCGGAUCAGCAGCAGGAAGCAGACAGGCGGUCGCUCCACUCGCCGUACAACGCCAUGUCUCUGCCGGGCGGAAAGCCGCAUCCAGCUUACGCCGAGGGGCCCGGGGUCGCUGGGGGGAAGGAGAAGGGUCCUCAGACAAAGUCCCGCAUCGAAGAGGAGCUUCGGACUCACGGGAAGACGACUAUCACCGCCGCCAACUUUAUCGACGUCAUCAUCACGCGGCAGAUAGCUUCAGACAAAGAGUCACGGGAGCGAGGCUCUCAGAGCUCCGACUCUUCAAGCAGCUUGUCAUCCAGUCGGUAUGAUAACACUGCUGGAGGAGCCAUUGAGGUUAUAAGUCCUGCUAGUUCCCCAGUCCAGCCCCAGCAGGACAAAGCAGAAGACGGACAACAACAAGCAGCAGUUGCCAUGCGGACCUACGACAUGGGCCGGUACCGGUCGUCUGCAGAGCCGCCGCAACCCCCCUCCUCCCAGGCAGACAGCUACUCACAGGUCCCCAAAACCCACAGAGUCAUGACAUUGGCAGACCAUAUUUCGCAUAUAAUUACCCAAGACUUUGCCAGGAAUCAAGACCCCCCGGUCUCUUCGUCAGCGCCCACCACAUUCCAGAGCUCCAUCCCACCGGUGUCCUCUUCGGGUCGGGUCAAAGCCCCGAGCCGCUACAGUCCUGAGAACCAGCCUCCGCACCACCAGAGACCCUCGAGUCGGGUUUCUCCAGAGAACGCCCCUGACAAAUCCAGGGCCAGACCUGGCAAGUCUCCGGACCGAGGAAGCAGGCAGAUGGAGAACUACGAACCCAUCUCUCCUCCACAGGGGUACCAAGGCAUGGACAAGCAGGAGGCGGGCGGGCCUCCGUCCCAAAGGCGGGACACUGACAACUCUGAGAUCAGGAGUGACUCACGGUCCCCAGGAAGUGUCAGCUACCUGCCUGCUUUCUUCACCAAACUGGAGAGCACUUCGCCCAUGGUUAAAUCCAAGAAGCAGGAAAUCUUCCGUAAGUUGAACUCCACCUCUGGUGUUGGGGAUUCUGACGUUGGAAAUGCUCAGCCUGGGACAGAGAUUUUCAACCUGCCUGCUGUUACCAGCUCCAGCAGCAUCAACCUGAGGAAUCAGUCGUUCAACGACCCGGCCAGUAACUUGGGCCUGGAGGACAUCAUCCGCAAGGCUUUAAUGGGCAACUUGGAGGAGAGGCAGGAGGAGCACCAGGGAGGAGGAGGAGCUGUUGUCAUGAACAACGCAGCCGGCACGGGCGGCGACACCCGACAGGAGGCCAGCCCGUCUCCCAGCAUGGGGAAACAGAAGCAGGGCAAAGCAAACAGCCGGAAGUCCAAGUCGCCCAACCUGGGUCAGGCCUACCCGGUAGGGGAGCGUCCGUCGUCCGUGUCCUCCGUCCACUCUGACGGGGAGUACCACAGACAAACCCAAGCACAGUGGACCUGGGAGGAGCCACCUCCGUCCACAGGUCCCAUGCAGUUUCCUUACAACCCUCUGACCCUGAUGAGCACACCGCCCACGUCCAUGGCCUCAGCCUCCAUACAGAGCCAGCAGCAGCAGCAGCAGCAGCCGCCCCCAGCCAGGGGGCAGCAGCGAGUGUGGCAGUCUCUGCUGUCGGAGCAGUACGAGACCCUGUCCGACAGCGACGACUGAACCCGCCGACAGCCCGGUUACCAGGGAAACGGCCUGCGCUUCAGGCGGAUCUGCCCACGCCCCUCUCCCGGAACUAACCUCACUCUUUUUGCGAGUGAUGAGCGGAUGGGGUGGUGUCAUGGUUUUUUUUUUUUUUUUUUUCCUUCUUCUUCUUUUUUUAUUUUUUGUUGUUGUUUUUGGUGCUAUGGCGCCCCCUGGCGGUCAGCUAGGAGAAGCAAGCAACAGGCAGGAUUCUCCGGAACAAGACUCCGUAUUUGCUCCAGGAGCCUGCCGGGAGACGUACACGCCAACAUGGAGGACGACAAACGGCGCCAGUCGAUCUGAAGAAGUUCCUUCGUGGUAAAAGAAA